AUUAUACUAUGCAUAGUAAGUAGUGGUGUACGGCAUAAUAUAUUAUUAUUAUUAUUGUAAUAAUAUUGUCAUUUGUCACGGUUUUGAUAAAUAAUUAGUAAUUACACAUAAGUUCGGCGAUCGGUGUGCACGCGCUACGCAUGUCGCAUGUGGAAGUUCAGUAUAACAUCGUGAGAGCCGUGCGGUCGAACGUAGGACGAAAAUGUGAACAAUUCUAAAAAAAAAGCUAUAUAAUAUCUGGAACAAAUUUUAAACUUUUGUUAGCUAUCGGUUUCGUUGAUACUAUGAAGUAACGCGCAUUCCCGUGUUUGCGGUGCACAUAAUACGUAUUAUUGAUAUAUUGUACUAUAAAUAAUAUUGUAAAAUGUCUGGUUAGUGAAACGUUGUUAUUAAUUUGUCUUGUUGCGAGUUAAGCGAUUGAUUGAUGCAGUACAGUGAAACUAUGUUUUUAGGCCGCAAUAAUAGGAGACCGCUGAAGGUUCUGAUCCCCGACGAGCCAGCUGUUGUUAACCUGCCACGAAACCUGGAUAAACGCACAACAAUCACAAUUGGCGACCAGGAAACUACAGUCGAGGCGAGCGACCUGCAGAAAAUUUGUGAUCUCGGACGCGGUGCCUACGGCAUUGUUGAAAAAAUGAGGCACAUACCUUCUGGCACGAUCAUGGCUGUUAAAAGGAUAGCAGCUACAGUGAACACGCAAGAGCAAAAACGACUUUUAAUGGAUCUGGAUAUAUCUAUGCGGUCGUCCGCUUGUCCACAUACAGUGCAGUUUUAUGGGGCACUUUUCAUGGAGGGUGAUGUAUGGAUAUGCAUGGAAGUGAUGGACACUUCACUAGACAAGUUCUAUGCCAAAGUGUACAAGUUUGGACGAAAGAUUCCUGAACAAAUUCUUGGACCUAUCACUGUUGCGGUUGUUAGUGCCCUUCACUAUCUGCAUUCUCAAUUGAAAGUUAUACAUCGUGAUGUUAAGCCAUCAAACAUUUUAAUUAAUCGUAAUGGCAAUGUAAAAAUGUGUGAUUUUGGUAUAUCCGGGUAUCUUGUUGAUUCUGUUGCCAAGACUAUUGAUGCAGGAUGUAAACCUUAUAUGGCGCCUGAACGAAUAGAUCCCACUGGAAAUCCGUCAAAUUAUGAUAUACGAAGUGAUAUAUGGAGUUUAGGAAUAUCUCUCGUGGAACUUGCCACUGGUAAGUUUCCAUACGACACGUGGGGCACUCCUUUUGAGCAACUCAAACAAGUGGUCAAAGAUGAUCCACCGAGGCUGUCUACUGGUAUGUUCACAUCAUACUUUGAGGAUUUUAUUUGUCAAUGUUUAAAAAAAGAUUUUCGUAGCCGACCAAAUUACUCUCAACUGCUUGCCCAUCCAUUUUGUCUUGCUCACCAACAACCACAGACAGCAUUAGUUGCGUCAUUUGUGUCUGAAAUUUUAGACUUGCCUGAUUUGCCUGUGUCAGGCUAAAUUAUUAGCAAUUAAUCCACUAACAAUAAUAUAUUUAUAACAAUAUGUGUAAUAUUGUGUAUAAACUAUAAUUUAAUUGAAGUUAAUUUCACAUAAUAUUUAAAUUAUUAUUAACA